GACUUGUCAAACAAUCGGUCGACAUAUUCGGAAUAAACGAACUGGAGCGAGUUUAUUCUAAUUUAUUCGAAAAUACAUUAUGAUGCGUUGUGUGGCGUCGUGUUUCUGUUGAUUCUGUAAACGUCCGUCACAUCUGAUUAAAUUUCUUUGCUUUGUAUAACCGCAAGGAUGUCCGCGAAACAAGUAACACCAAAACAGCAACAGAAUGUUGAGCACAAAGAGAAGAAAAGGAAAGAGAGUAUUCUUGAUCUGUCAAAGUAUCUCGAGAAGAACAUAAGGGUGAAAUUUGCUGGUGGCAGAGAAGCCGAAGGUAUACUUAAAGGUUAUGAUCCUCUGCUCAACCUGGUGCUUGACAACACAAAGGAAUAUCUUAGAGAUCCAGAUGAUCCAUAUAAAUUAAAUCAGGAUACUCGUAUGCUGGGUUUGGUAGUGUGCAGAGGAACAUCCGUAGUGCUUAUUUGUCCUGUGGAUGGCAUGGAAUCUAUACAGAAUCCAUUUAUACAACAAGAAGGAUAAACAGGAAAACCCUUUACAUUUAAUAUGUAUUACAUCUGAGUAAGGAUUAUCAUUUUUUUUCUUACACGUUUCUAUUUUUUUAAGUAAAAAUAUAAUUUAUUUUACAUUAUAAAUUGAGGAAACUUAUAUAUAGAAAAUAAAUGCCAUUUUCUUACAAAGAUA